AUGAAGAUUCUCAUCAUCAAAGCAUUUGCUGCUCAAGGGUCUCUCGAAACCGAGAUUCUCGGCUCAUACGUGAAGCAUAUACAUGCCUCAAGGCCUGAAGCCAGCGUGCAAGUGUGCAGACCAACCAGCGGCGAAGAGUUGCCCGACCCUGCCCAGUACGACCUGUUGAUCGUGACGGGAGGGGCGUUUGACCUUCUCACGACAGAGCCGACGCCUUGGGUACAGAGCAUACUCGAACUGGUCCGCACGCUGGAGAAUGGUCGACCGGGAGGCACAAAGCUACUGGGAAUAUGCUGGGGUCAGCAAGUUGUGCAGCUCGCACUCGGGGGUCGGCUGGGUGCGCUCUCGGAGGGCCCGCGGGUCGGUGUUCAGGAUAUACCGCUGCUUAAGCCGCAGGGAACAGACUUUUUUGGUCGAGACGUUCUGCUACUCCACAAAUUUCACAAGCGCAAAAUUGCUUCCUUGUCUGAUGGAUUUGUUCCCCUUGCGGCCGACUAUGAGAUUUUAAUGUCCAAGUCGAGACAGAUUCUGACUUUCCAGUCACAUCCUGAGAUGUCGGCGGAAAUUUCACAGCACCUGUUGGAUGCUGACACGGGGUUUUACACGGAAACUGCUUCCCCAAACCCCGCAAUCACCAUGAGAGGCAUCGACCAUGCACACGAUGGAGAACACGUCUGGGCCCGGAUACUGGAGUGGGCCAGUGUACCGUGA